AAUGAUUUGAAACGGAAUUUCACAGACUACAAGCUAGUCUUUGGUAAAAUGAAUACAGUAUCAUUAGAAUGAAUUUGGAAUUAUUUGGCAAUAAUAUUUAGCUUAAAAAUUACCUCAAAUAGGAUAGGCUGCAAGAGAAACUGUGUCUUAUUGAGACGCUAUCCUCUUUAUUCCUGAGAAAAACGGAAUGCAAGUGAUUCCAAUGAAUUUCGAAUAAUUCUUUCAGUAUUGAACAUGAAUAAUAUGGGCUGCAAAGUGCAAACGAAACUGUUGUUUUGUUUAUGAUUGUUCAAAUCUUUUUGUAUUCGGAUGCAUUUAUUAAUCGAAUACUCCAUUCGAUUUUUAAUUUGAAUGACCUAUCCAUAGAAAUAUAAUAUUAUAUUUCUAUGGACCUAUCACCACCACAGAUUAUAGCAAAAUUCAGUGAUCACUACGCCUAACUCUAGCAUCGACUAGUUCGAGCAAAUGAUAAAACGAUUCCCAACAAGCAACAAUACAUGUUUGAAAGGUUGGAAGACAGAGUGAAGUAUUGGUUUAUGUUGAAUAUUGUUUUAGUUUAAAUCGACAUUGUGAAAAACUUUUGUGUUUGUGGUUUUACCGUCUUGAAAAAAACGUUGACAAAAUGUGUGAUCCACUAGGAAUGUAUAUAACUAGCGUUGAGAAAGAAGGAACAUUUCUUAAGCUUUGGGGGCAGAUUGAUAAAAAGGCUUCUAUGUACAUCGAAAUGUCGAUUCAUAACGCUUAUGGUAUGUUUGAAGAAGGCAAACAUAUGUUAAGUCCAGCGAAGCUUCAAAUCGGUGUUUUAUGUUGUGCAAAAUACAUAGAUGAAAAAUACUACAGAGCAAGAAUAAUAAAUGAUGAUACAAGAAGUCAAGGUACUGUCGAAGUCAAUUUUGUCGAUUUCGGAAACAGAGACUUAGUUUCUAUAGCUAAUUUAAGGUCUAUAGAAUGUUUUAAUGAAACAUUUAUAAAUAUACAAUCUUUAGCUUUGCCCUUCAUUCUGUCUGAAGUAAUUUGCUUUGGGAGUGAAUGGGAUGAUGCAACUUUAGAACAAAUAUCAAGACAAGUGCGGUACAUGGAAGUGUAUUACAAUGUGGUUUCAACACACUUGGGUUACAACAUUGUCAAAAUAUCUAUUUCUCAAAAUGAUUUAGCUUCCAUCUUGAUAAGAAAUAAUCUAAUGCAAUAUAUUUCACUUGAAAACCAGGAAUCCCUACUCUCUGAGAUGAUACCAAGAACCCCUAAAGUUAUGUCUCCAGCUGAUCAGUCUUUAUUACAGUACAAAUCCGUUACCUUAGAACCCAAUAGUCGACAUGAAGUUUAUGUAUCAUAUAUCACUGAUGGACCUUGGCAUUUUUCUGUUCAACUGAAAAAGAGCGCAGGAAUAUUGGCUCAGUUGAUGAGAGAAAUUAAUUCAAUUCCAUUGAAACCCUUUGAUGAAUUACCAAUCCCUGGGACAGUAUGUUUGGCUAAGUGUAUCGAAGAUAAUCAUAUAUGCAGAGCUGUGAUUACUAAUGAAGUCGAUAACCAUUAUAAGCUCUUUUAUGUGGACUUUGGCAACACUGAAAUUGUACCCCCCGAUAAUAUAUACCAAAUGCCAUUUAAAUACAUCAUACCUAAAAUAAUGGCAGUUCGUUUAUCAUUAGAAGGUAUAGAUAAAUCCACUGUAACUCUCGAAAUGCAGUGCGCAUUCAAACAAUUUGUUGAUAAUCGAUUACUUAUGAUGGAGGUGUUUCCAUCCAAAAAGAAGAUGUGUCUUCCGAAAUGUCGUAUGUGGGAUCCAGAAACAAAUACUGAUGUUUUGGAAAUACUGAAUAAGGCAGCUAAAAUUGCUUAUCCUAGUCCCAUUACUCUUCAUAGAGGCUUCACCCGAUCAGUGAAGGUUACUUUUGUAUAUAGUUGCAAUAAGUUCUAUAUACAUUUGAAGAGUAAUGAAGAAGAACUGAAUAUUUUAAUGGCUAAAAUACAAGCGUAUUGUAAUUCUGAUACUACUUCAUUCCUUGAAGAUCCCAAGAUUGACCAACCUUGUUGUGCCCAAUUCGCUCACGAUGGACAGUGGUACCGUAGUUUGAUAGUGGCAGUAAAUGAAGAUAACGUCAAAGUGAGGUAUAUCGAUUAUGGAAAUGAAGAGGAUGUACCUUGGCAAUCGCUGAAAACUAUAAAAGGGGAGCUUCUCAUCUCGAUGAGACCCCAAGCAAUUGAAUGCUGUCUCAACGGUUAUCAAAACAUGGGUGAAGAUUUAGAAAGGGACAAUAAGUUGGAGGAAUUGACAUUGGAUCAGGAAUUCACUAUAAAAGUUGUUGACAUUGUGAGUGGCAAAGCUUUGGUGGACCUUUUGGACUUUGAAAAUUGCAGCGUAACCAGCUUGCUUAUGGAUGCAAUGGUCAAGCAAAAAGUACAAGUUAGUCCAAACGAUAACUUUGAAAAUACUUCGAAUACAUGUAGCUCUAACAGAAACAAUAGUAAGACACAUGAUGCCGACUAUUGGUCCCCACGGGACAAAUCCCUGAACAGAAGAGAAACAUCCGAAAACUGGAGGUCAAAUACGAGAAAACGAAAUGGUUCUGCAUCGAAUGAAAGCUCUGAACCUUGGAGACAUGCAAACAACAAAAAAAACUCAGAAUGGAAUGAUAAAACUUCAAAUGAGAGUUUGAGAAGAGGAAGAAAAAGUUCUGAGAAUAGAAAGUUUCCCAGCACAAACCUUCGAUACGAUGGAAAGUAUAGAAAUAACAGGGUAGAUUUCAGUGGACGGAAUAACAAUUGGAACACUCCAGAACAAGACACAACUUUUGACAAAGAAAAUUCUCAAGAAAAGGAUUAUGGCUCGAACAAUCAUUCAGAGUGGAACGGUAGAGAACAAAACAGAGGCCGAAAUAGACCACCAAGACUAGAAAAUGGAGGAUUUAAUAAAAGAGACAAUGGUGGAUUCAAUAACAGAGAAGAUGGGGGAUUCGGUAACAGAGAAAAUGGAGGAUUUGGUAGAGAAAAUGGUUACAACAGAAAUAAAAAUAAAAAUUUUGACAAUUGGAAUACAGAUAAUACAUCUAAAACUCUAGGUGACGAUGAAGAAUAUCAGGGAGUUAAAAAAAAGAGAAGUUUCAAUGGAAACAACAGAAGUAGAACAGAUAAUGACGAUUGGGGAAAUAAGAAAAAUGAAAAUGUAUACAAUGGAAAUGAUUACACCGAGAAAAAAUCUUAUAGAGAAAAAAAUUCAUAUGACUCUGACAGCUCAUCCAAAAGGGGCAGACAGGAGAGAAACCAGAAUGGAAGGAACAAAUAUAAUGAUAGAGGAGAUAACAGGAAGAAAUCUUACAGAAAAGACCACGAGUUCAACUCGAACGACCGCGAACGAGGCGAUGGAAAAAAAUUCAGCCCAAGAGGUGAAUCCAGAUGGACCGAUAACAAUCACUCGAAAUCUUUCAACAGCUCGUUCAGUGCUGUCGAGCCGAAAGUCAUAGAUGCAGCGUCAGACGAUGCCGAAUUCCUGACCACAGACGUGAAUGGAACACAGAAAGUCACACUGAGCUGGUUCCACAACCCCUGCAGCUUCUUCGUUCAACUGAUGGAUUCCCAACAGACUUUCAGCACGAUGAUGGAAGAGAUCCAGCUGUUUUACAAGGAUCAGCCUCACGGUCAUUGCUCGGCAGGCGUGCCAGCUAUCGCCUUGUUCCCGGAAGAUGAAGUUUUUUACCGAUCCAGAAUCCUGAAGAAUGUUGGCAGUCAAUAUAAGGUCUACUAUGUCGAUUUCGGAAAUAUUUCUGUGGUGGAUAAAGUUUGGCCCAUCGAUAAGAAGUUCAUGGAGCUGCCAAUGCAGGCUGUCCCCUGCGGUCUUGGGGGCAUUCAGCCGGUUGGUAAUGAUUGGCCGGACCCGAACGCUUUCACUAAUUAUCUGCAGAAAGACAGUUUGGAUUGUGAGUUCCUGAAAUACGAAGUUGACAGAUUCAUGGUUAACCUUUACUCCAACAACGAAGACAUCAAAGAGCAGCUGGUCAGAGACAACCUCGCUAAAUAUAUCGAACUUAUCAAUCCGUCACCAGAUUUCGAAAUAUGCUUUCUAGAAACACACACCUUCCGUGCCAUGGUACAAACAGUGAACGAUUUGUCUGACUUUACCAUGUCGCUGCAUUCGGGUAUCCAAUUGAAGUGCUCAGCACACAAUUUGGCCCAAGCGACAGAAAUAUAUGUGGAAGAGUUGAAGCAGAAGGAGGGUCAAGUGGUGGUUGUAUACUGUGAUAGUCUAAACGGAGACAGAUUGGAAGUGACCUUAUACGAUCAUAUUGGAAAUAAACUGAACAUUUUGAAUCCAGACGAUGGCGCAUUCGAUUCCAUAGAACCGGUAUGUCCGUAUCUCCUGUUACAAUCGAAAGUGCAUGGAUUUGUGAGUGUUGUCAACGAAACUAGUAUUGUACUGCAGCCCUCAGAGUGUGCAGAUAACCUCCAAACAUUAUUGAAUGAAAUGUAUGAACAUUAUCAAAAUGUUACCCAAGAGGCUCCUCUUAUACCAGAAGAGGGUUACAUAUACGCCGUUUGCAGUGCCGAUUCCAACUGGUACAGGGGCUCAGUGAUCUCGUUCAAUGAUGAUAAAGUCACUGUAACGUAUAUAGAUUACGGGAAUACAGAAGAUGUCACGUUCAGCAAUCUUAGAGAGUUGGAUCCCAAGUUCUAUUGGUGGGACAGAAUGGCUAUCUUGGUACAUGUAAAUGUUCCUACUGCCGAUCUUUUCGAAAGACAAAUUGUAGCUCAAAUCACUUAUGGCGAUGUUGGUUUAGUUGGGGAAAUAUUAGAAGUUGAACCCGAUUAUGCACCUGAAGAAGCAGGAGAACAGCCUGAAAUGGCCAAUAUCAACCAGGAAUUCAGCACAAAUUGUCGCAUAACAGAAGAACCACAGGUUCCAGUUGUAACUUCAUCAAUUGAUAAAGAUGUAGAGCCCCAAAAUAUAUCCAACCAAGAGUCUAGUUCUGCUGGUGGAACAGCAGUCGUUCUCAGUCAUAUCGACAGCCCUAGCGACUUCUACAUUCAACUGGCGGAUUCGCAAGAUGCCAUUGGUGAGCUCCAAUCGAAACUGCAGGAACAGAUCGAUCAAAUGCCUGUUUUGGAGACCGCCUCAAUAGGGGGCCUUUGCGCUGCUCCAUAUUCUGUUGACCAGAUGUGGUACCGUUCCCAAAUUUUAGACGCUGAUGAAGACAUAACCACUGUGCGUUUCAUAGACUACGGUAACACGGACGUAAUCGACAACAAAACCACCCAAAUAAAGACGCUACCAGCCGAAUUUUUAGCUCUCGAAGAAUACGCCACCAGGUGUCGCCUUAAGAUCAAACCCCUAGAAGACGAGUGGUCCAAGGCCGCCUCUGACCGAUUCGAAGAAUUGGCCUACGCGGAAUCCGUCACGGUUCAGUUCGUGAACCAGGAUGAAAAGGCGAACCACGUCGAACUGUUCAGCUAUGGUGAAAACGUAAAAGACUUGAUGAUUGCGGAAAAUUUAGCAAUUUUAGACGAACAACUGGCCACUGAUCCCAAGCUAAAGGGCUACAUAAGUCAUAUGAAUUCCCCGUCGGAGUUUUGGGUCCAAUUGGACGGUUGGUGCCCGGAACUAGAAUGGAUAGCAGAACAAUUGUCCAACGCGUCAAGUUUUCCAGACUUGGAAGACUUCACUCCAGGCUCACUGUGUGCGGCAAUGUUCCCCGAUGACGAGAUGUGGUACAGAGCGAGGAUAUUGUCCAACACAGUAGCCGGUCUUGAGGUACUCUUCCUCGAUUAUGGUAACUCUUGCGUGUGUGGCAACCUUAAGCAGCUACCCGAACACUUGGUAAUGGCUCCCCCUCUAGCGCUUAAAUGCAGUCUCCACAAACCCGAAAGACUGCUCAGUUGGAGCCCCGAAUCCGCCAAAAAAUUCGUUGAAUUGUCCGCAGACGGUCAGACAGCGUUCACGGUUAAAAAAUUGACCACCGGUGAGACAUCUGUGGUGGAACUUUACGUGAAUGAUGAAGAAGUCUCCUUGAAACUAUUGCCAACGACCGAGGAGGUUUACGUUACUGAUGCACAGUCUAUGGAUAGUUUGGUCGUGUCGAAGCAAGGUGUUGCUUCAGAUGAGAGAUACAGACUGGAGAAGAUCCCUGGAUUCAAUUAUAACCAGGAGUCGGUGAAGAAGUUUGGCGAAUUAAACAAUGAAGGCAAAACUUUGUAUGGUAUGGAACUCCUAGAGGGCAACACCAUUCGGCUUUAUAUAAAUGGAUAUGACAUCAGGAAACAAAUCUUGUCGGUACUGCAGAAAGAAUUAUCUGAGAUAUCACAAGAUGGAACUUCUGAUAUAAAUGAUGUUGAAGCAAACGAACAAAAUAUUGAAGUAUCGCAUGAAGAAAUUUGCAGUAAAUCGCAUGAACAGAAGACUAAAGAUAGACAAGUGUUGGUUUCUGAAGAAUGCAUGAUUCCACAAGAAGACACUAUUAAUCAAUCUGCCCAAGAAGACUUAGUUGAAAUAUCUGAAAAUAAAAUUUCUGAAAAGAAUGAUGAUACUACUCAAAUUUCUGAAGAUUCCGAUAUAAUUGGUACAAUAGAGACAGAGAAAAAUAUCGAAAUAUCCAAUAUUCCACAGAUUGAACAACGAAUUGAGUUGAUUUCUGAAUUUGAUAAUAGCUCACCAAAAGAAGAUAUUAAUGAAGAAACAGCCAAAGAAGAGUUUCUCGAAGUAUCACAAAAUGAAACUUCAGAAAUAGACGAUAUCUCUCACAGAGAAGAAAUUAUUGAAGAGGAUGCUUCUGAAGUACUUGAUAAGAAACAGGCAGUAAAGGACAUUGAAAUAUCAGACAAGAAAGAAUCUCUCACGGUAUCUAAUGUUUCACAAAUCAUCGAAGAGUUAGUUUCUGAUGUAUGCAGCAAUCCACAAAAAGAAAACAUUCAUGAACUGGUACUUGAAGAAUCGUCUGAAAGUUGUAAUAUUUUGAAAGUGAAUCAAAAUCCAGAGGAAACAGAAGCUAUUGAAAUCGAUGUUAAUUAUGAAGCAAUGGACAUGGAACUUGAAUCCCAAAAAGAAUCAAACAUAAUUUCAAAUAUUGCAGAUAUCCAUGAAGAAGUUCAAGAAAUUCAAGAGGUAUGCAACAAACAAACAAAAAUAGAUGAGGGUAAAGAAACAGAAGAAAAUUGUCCAGAAAUAUGUGAUACUACUCUUUUAGAAAAAAGUGAUGGAACGAUUGCUGAGGAAAUUUGUGAUUUGCAAAUAGAGAAAAUUGAUGAAAUUAACAACAAAGAAGCCACUGAAACAACAAAUAUUGAUACUCCAGCAAUAGAUGUAAUUGAUACAGGAAAUCAUUCAACAGAAAUUAUAGAAUUACAUGAAGAAAAAUAUUCUGAAGCAUGUGUUAGUCAACAGGGAAUACAAAUUUUUACUGACAACGAUAAAAAAUGUUCUGAACUUUGCGAUGAAACAGAAAUGGAAGAAAAUAGUGAAGAAGAACAUAAAGCUACAAUUAUAGAAAAAAGUAAUGAAACGAUUGUAAUUUGUGAUUCACUAACAGAGAAAACUGAUGAAAUUAACAAGGAAGAAAUCACUAAAACAACAAACAUUGGUACACCAGCAAUAGAUGUAAUUAAUGCAGAUAAUUACUUUACAGAAAUUGAAGAAUUACAAGAAAAGAACGAAAAAUCUUCUGAAGUAUGCGAUAGUUAUCAGGAAAUAAAAAUUUCUAAUGAAAGCGAUCAAAAAUGUUCUGAACUUUGUGAUGAAACAGAAAUAGAAGGAAAUAGUGAAGAAGAAUGUAAUACUACAAUAAUAGAAAAAAGUAAAGAAACAAUUGCAGAGGAAAUUGAGAGAGAAAUGAGCCAAGAAGAACUGACUGAAACAUAUAAUGCAAUAGGUGAAUAUGUAGAAAAACUAGAAACAAAAGACAUUGAUAUGUAUGCUGAAAUAGACAUAACAGAAAUGACAGAAUCUCAAGAAGAGAGUGAAAAAUCUUCUGAAGUACAUACUCAACAGGAAAUAGAAAUUGUGAAUGAAAGUGAUAAAAAAAUUUCUGAACUUUUUGACGAAACAGAAAUGGAAGCAAAAAGCGAGGAACCAUGUGAUAAUACAAUAAUAGAAAAAAGUAAUGAAACAAUUCCAGCAGAAAUUUGUAAUUCACAAGAAGAAAUAAUUUAUAACAGUGUUGAAGAAGAAAAUACUGAUAAAUGUGAUAGACUUCAUGAAAUAAAUAGUGAACCUUCUACCAAAUUCGAAGAUGAAAAAUCCACUGAAAAAUGUGAUAUAUCAGGACCCUGUACCCCAAUUGAAUUUACAGAUAGGAUAAUGACUUCUUUCUCGGCACCUACAGUUUCAGAAAAAGAGUCAACACCCAAACUUUCACCAACCAAAAUUGUUUUGAAAUUGGAAAAAAGUUCUGGUGAUGUUAUCGAUGGCAAUUCUUUAAAAUUAGAAGACUAGAUGUUUUUAAGACCUUGAAUAUAUUUCGUUAUUUGUGUUAAGAGUUAUGUUAAAUUUCGUUAUUUUAAUUACCAAGUAUAACAUUUUUAUUUUUACCUUCAACAUUAUAAAAUAAAUUUUUUUAUGCUA